AUGCUGCUGCAGCGCAACAGCAGCAGCAGCAGCAGCAGCAGCAGCUGGCGUUCGCCCCACCGGCGGCAGCUGCUGCUGCAGCUGCGGCCGCAGCGACCGCAGGACGAGCAGCAGCACCGGAACGCCACACAAACCCGCGAUGCAGCAACGAAGGCCCCGCAGCAGCAGCAGCAGCAGCAGCAGCAGCAGCACGGGAGCUGA